GUAACUGCCGCUGGGGGCGCUGUGCGCUCUCUGCUCCACACGGAGGCGGAAGUAAACAGGAAGUAGUUUGUGUUAGAAAAACGAGUAAAACUGACCCGUGGACGCCAGGGUCGAGCCGUGUUUGGCGGUAAACGUGUGUCUGCGGUCAUGAACAGCGCGGAGUUUUUUCAGCAGGUGGCCUUCCUUCGGUACCUGACCUCUCAGACGGAGGAGGAUCGCCGGGCUCUGGCUGUGGUGACCGGGUUACGGGUCGGUGGGGAGCUGCUGAACCGGAUCACCGGCCAGGACAAAGUGGAUGCUUACAAGAAAGCAUGUAUCCUGAACAUCGUGCAGUUCCUCCAGCAGAACCCGCGGGCCUCGCAGGCCCAGAUCAACGCAGAGGUUCAGAAGAAUGUUGUGGUUUUUGCUGCUCAGGUCAGAGCUCUGGAGACGGCUCCUCUCUGGUAAAGUCCUCGGAGGAGCCGUCCAGGUGUCACAGUCCUGCUGCUGGAUCCAUCCGCUCCUCUCUGCUUCUGGAGGAGAUCAGUUCAAAGUUCAUCCCAUGUUUUUAUCUGAUUGAAUGAUUUUUACGUCAUUCUAAUCUUCUGCAGCAGCAGCUUCACGUCUGGCCGUGUUCCAAUAAAGAUGAAGAUUCUUGUCUCAGUGCAGCAGAACUGACGUUUGUUAGAAACACAUUUAUCCUAUAAACUAAAUGAACAUUGAUUUUCUGGGGGGUCCAGGCUGCUGCCGCCCCUCCCUCUGCUGGGGCUUGGUGUAGAUUGGGUGCUCGCUAAUUUGUUUUACUCCCUGCAUCCCAUAAUACCAGCGUCCAGAGUAGAACACACACCCACCUGAGCACAGGUACCUGCUCUCCAGGAUAUGGGAUGCGUGUGUGUUGAUCUGUAAUGUGUGAGUGUGAACAUGCAUGUGUGUUCAUGCUACCAAAGGAUAUGUUUGUGUGUGGAUGUGUGUCCCCCCCCCCCCCAUGUGUUUUUUACAGUGUUAAACUUUUUUAAACUAAACUAAACUUUUUUAAACUAAAGUUUUUUUAACUAAAGACAGGGGAAAGUAUCAAUGCUGACUUUAUACACAGCCUGAGUACAGAAGAUUGAACGUUUUUCCAGUUUAGCAACGAAACUAAUUUCCACCAUCAGUCCAUCUAUGUUAAUGUUAUUCUAUGUAAUCUAAGUCAAUUGUUAAUAAAAGUUCUUUUAAGAAGAAAAAAGUGUUGUAAAUCAAAUACAUAAGGAUAUUUUAGGGCUUAAUUGAGAUUUUAAUGCAUUUCUCUUCAAUUUAUUCAGUGAAAGUGUUUCGAACAUUUAAAUAAAUAUAAAUAUUAAAAAGAAAUCCCACCACUUGUGGAACUAGCGGAAGUUCACUGUGGCCCCGCCUCUUUGUCUGUGUCGACAAAUCAUGAUUGGAUAAAACAUGAUCAGCGCGUCGAGAGCGUGCUCUGUGAUUGGCUGAGAAAUUGGCGGGAGGAAGCCUGUGUUUUGAGACGUUCGCCCCGCUGAGACUAGAUCGAUGGUUUUACCGGGUUCGUUCGCUCCUGAAACGCAGGAAUCCCGCUUCUAUUCCUCCGGCGUGAACACUACCGGCGCCAUGGACCGUCCGGAAAACUACCGGGAGGUUACGGAGGUCUCCGAAAAGUUGGAAACGUCUUUGUCUAUCAGGGCUGCUGCUGAUGAAGAUGAUGAUGAGGCGAUGGAAAAGUAUCAGAGACUGAUUUCUGAAGGUAAAGAUGCUGCCAAACAAGGGGACAUCGAGAAAGCGCUGGAGCUCUUUAAACUGGCCUUCAGCGUCCACCAGACUCCCAAGCUGGAGAACAGGAUAAAGAAAAUCCAAGAGCUUCUGUCCCAGAAUGACUCUGAGGAUGAGGAUGACGAGUUUGUCAACGUGAACAACAGUGGUUUCAUGCUCUACAAGGAGCUGCAUGACAAGCUGUACGGCUACCAGAGAGAGGGCGUGUCCUUCCUGUACGGGCUGUACAGAGACGGACGCAAAGGCGGGAUUCUAGCCGACGACAUGGGACUUGGGAAAACCAUCCAGGUCAUCUCCUUCCUCUCUGGCAUGUAUGACAAUGAGCUGAUCAAACACACGCUGCUCAUCAUGCCCACGUCGCUCAUCACUAACUGGAUCAAGGAAUUCUCCAGGUGGACUCCUGGUAUGAGGGUCAAGGAGUUUCAUGGCGCCAGCAAAGCAGAACGGACCAGAAGUUUGGAGAAGGUUCAAAGGAGGAGCGGCGUUGUCAUCACCACAUACAACAUGCUGCUGAACAACUGGCAGCAGCUGUCCUCCUACCAGGGAAAGGAGUUCUGCUGGGACUACGUGAUCCUGGACGAAGCGCACAAAAUCAAAAAUACGUCCAGCAAGACGGCCAAAAGCGCCUACGCCAUCCCGUCAAAGAACAGGGUUCUGCUGACAGGAACGCCAGUCCAGAACAAUCUGCGGGAGAUGUGGGCUCUGUUUGACUUUGCUUGCCAAGGCACUCUCCUGGGGACAGGUAAGACCUUCAAGACGGAGUAUGAGAACCCCAUCACCCGAGCCAGAGAGAAGGACGCCACCCCGGGGGAGAAGGCCUUGGGCUCGCGGAUGUCCGAUAACCUCAUGGCCAUAAUUAAGCCAUACUUCCUCCGGAGGACAAAGGCUGAAGUGCAAAGGAAUGAGUUGUGUGAGAAGGAGAAGCUGCACAGCAGUGCAGAGAACCAGGAGGACCAACCUGACCCCGCCGCGGCCAUGCCCCAACUGAAGCGCAAAAACGACCUGAUUGUCUGGACUUACCUGAGCGCAGUUCAGGAGGAAAUCUACAGGCAGUUCAUCGACCUGGACUGCAUCAAGGAGCUGCUCCUCACCACCAGGUCUCCUCUGGCUGAGCUCACCGUUUUGAAGAAGCUGUGCGACCACCCCAGACUGCUCUCUACGGACGCCUUAGCGAGGCUGGGUCUGGAGGAAAACGCCGCGGACGCCGCCGCUCACGGCAUUGCAGAUGUGCCGGACCACACGCUGAUUUCAGAGUCUGGAAAACUAGCCUUCCUUGUGGCGUUGCUGGAGAGGCUCAGAGAGGAAGGCCAGCGCACCCUCAUCUUCGCUCAUUACAGGAAAGUUCUGGACAUCAUCGAGCGCAUCCUCAACAACCGAGGUUUUAAAGUUCUCCGGCUGGAUGGAACCAUAACACAGAUAACGGAGAGAGAGCGGCUCAUCUCUCUGUUCCAGAAAGACCGGAGCUACUCCGUCUUCCUGCUCACCACCCAGGUGGGGGGCGUCGGCAUCACACUGACUGCUGCAAACAGGGUGGUCAUCUACGACCCCAGCUGGAACCCGGCCACAGACGCCCAGGCUGUGGACAGGGCGUACCGCAUCGGCCAGACCGAGAACGUGGUCAUCUACAGGCUGAUCACCUGCGGAACGGUGGAGGAGAAGAUCUACAGGCGGCAGGUCUUCAAAGACUCCCUGAUCCGACAGAACACGGGGGACAAGAAGAACCCUUUCAGGUACUUCAGCAAGCAGGAGCUGAAGGAGCUCUUCACCCUGGAGGACACGCGUUCAUCCUCCACGCAGCUUCAGCUGCAGGCGCUGCACUCGCGGCACCGCCAGACGGACCCCCAGCUGGACCAGCACAUCGCCCACCUCCACACCAUGGAGAUCUUCGGCAUCUCCGACCACGACCUGAUGUUCUCCGUGGACGUGAACACAGAUGAGGCUCCUGAGAACCCGGAGGAGCAGCACUACAUCGAGGGGCGGGUCCAGAAGGCUCAGGAGCUGGUUAGGGCGGAGUCUGAGGUACAGAUGCAGAUGGCGGAGAGCAUGGCGACGAGCACAGAGCCGGCGUGGCUGAGGCAUCCGCCCCCCCCAGACAAACCCAGAAACCCCAAAGCGGCCCGUUCACCUCCACAGUCUGAGGUCAGCGUGUUUGAGGUGGUGGACCUGGACACUUCAGAAGAACGCUGCAGGAGACCGCCUCUGUCCCUCCAAGUGACUGAUCUGACUGCAGACCCUCCCCCCCAGGACGAGUGUGAGGUUCUAGAUGCAGGACCAGAACCUGGAGGUGCUGGUGGAGGAGCCUCUCUGACUGCUGCUUCUCUACAACAUGACGCCGGCGUCCUGACCUCUGCUGAUGACCUCAGACAUCUCCACGGUGAAAUCCCUUCUGAGCUGGACCUGCACCAAACCCCCCCCCUGACAGAAGGAGAUUCCAGCUCUGAAGAGAGCUUCCACCCAGAUUCUUCUCGUGGAAACUUUCAGCUGCAGUUGGAGGACAGUGGAGCCGUGGAGGAUGAAGAGAUGGAGGAAGAGGAGCAGAAGCUGCUGGCUAAGCUUCUGAUGGACGGCAGCUUUAAUGUCAACAAGUCUCUGUCAGAGAGUUGGAGCAGACGCCAGGAGGACACGUCCAUGGAGGACUCGGUGGUGGGGGUGAGGAAGAAGAGAGCCCCGACAAUUCAGGACAGCGAUGAGGAAGAGCUGAAGUCUCCACUUGAUGGCUCCUUCCAGGUUCUUGAAGCCUCCACGCCCAAGUCAGCAGCUCCUCGCCACUCACGAAAGAGCGUGGGGGGAAACGCCUCUGUGGUGUCACGGCGGUCUCUGCUUCAGUCCAUCAUCCAGGAUGUGGAGGAUGAGGACGAGGAUGACGAAGAUGUUUCUGGAUUCAAGUCUGAAGAAAGAAACAUGGACGAGCUUCAAACGGACAUGAAUGGAGAGACUCUAAACAUGGAGGAGGAAGAGGAGGCUGAAGAAGGCUCCAGUUUGAACCUGCAGAUCGAAGAGGAGCCGGAGUGUCAGAGGAAGGAGGAGCCGCUCUGUGCCGCAGAGAGCUACGAGGUCCUGGUGAAGAAGGGCAAAGAGAGCUACAGCCAGGCCAAGCUGGACGAGGCGCUGAGCUUCUUCCUCAGAGCCAUCGACAUCCGGCCCGGAGACCCGGAGGUCCAGUUCAUGACCAUCCAGUUGUACCGACAGCUGAGCCAGAGACCCUGAAGAGUUUUAUGUCUUUUAGUGUGGAGUUGAUCAUUAAAACCAUUUCAAUGGA